UCUCGCUACACACCCGUGUUGUAGUGUCGCUGAACGUCGUUGAAUUCGAACAUCGAUAUCGAAAUAUCGAUUUGAGAAAGUAUGCGGACAUCCCUAUUUGUUGGUGUGUUUUGAAUAGUGUGUGAAAUUGUGAUUAUUUUUAAUAAUAUUAAUAAUAAAAUGUAUUUCAUAGUGAUACCACUGCUAUUCGCUUGCGCAACAGGCAUCAAUACCAAUGAAUUCCAACACUACCCAAAAUACUCAGCCGCUACAGACGCGCAAAUACGGUUCGCCAUAGAAAACAAAUAUGACGACACCGGCCCAGGCUCCAAAGGCCAGGAAUCAGCUUACAAGACCUACAAAACAUUAGAAGAAGCUCUCGUUGGUUACAUCAACGAUCCAGAUACAAAACUGCCCGAAUACGAGAGGUAUAUUGGUACGCAGAAUCUGCUAAAGUCACAAAAAUUCCAAACUUUCCCGUCAAACAACCAAGACGCUAUCAAGUAUAGAACUGUGCCAUACACGUUUAACAACCCUGGUUUGAGUAAGAAGGUGUUAUACCAUGACUACAAACCUGUGCUGAGAAGUAAGACCUCGUUUUCAGGGAUCAGGUCUGAUCCAUUCAGAAUACAAAAGAUACAACCAGUGAAGGCGAAUCCGUUGAAUUUGGCGCAUUAUGCAAGAGAUGGUGAUAAUGCUCGUGAUCAUCAUAAUCCACACCCUCAGUAUAGCUAUUCUUAUGAUGUUUUCGAUAGAAAGACGGGUGACAAUAAAGCUGCCCAGGAGACGCGAGACGGCGACAAGGUCCGUGGUUUUUACAGCUUCAUAGACCCGGAUGGCAAACAGCGUCUCGUUGAAUACACGGCUGAUGAGAAGCGCGGCUUCGAGGCAGUGGUCCGGAGGACCGACGCCGAAUGAUUCAAAUAUAGAUAAUUAGAAAUAAUUUUGUAAAUAAAGUAUUAGAUAAUUUAACAGCCAUUUAGUAAUAGAACCUAAUCAAUUGUCAAAUGCUAGAUCCCAUCAAUGCAUAACGGCUACAACUAUAGAAAUCUUUAA